AUGGGUGCAGGUGCUGCCAAACACGGUUACAAAAGUGGCAUUUUGCCUGCUGUUAGACCCAUUCUCAAAAACCCCACUUUCAAGCAGAAAACCAUAAUAGAAAAGGUUCAAGCUCCAAAACCAAAGGGCCCUCAUGGAGUAGGUUAUGCUCCAAAUAUUGCGCAUCCGAAGGGAUCACACAGGGCUUCACCUCCUAUGAAGUUCAUUGACGUCGAGACUUUGAUCGCAAAGACUGUUCCAAGUCCACUGAUGCCUGCAGCUGCCCAGACGCCUGCACAGGAAGCGAAACAGCACAGGGCAACGUUGCGGAGAAAAUUUUUGUCUGAUGCUUUCAGAAAGGAGGAAGAGCGGUUGCUUAAGGAGGAAGAAGUUUUAGAAAAAAGACAAAAAGAUCUAGAGCGUCAGCGACAGGCGGAGCUUGCCGCAAUGGAUGAAUCGAAAACAAGCGAUCUGACUGUACCCACAAUCGACAAGCUUCUUGAUGCUCCACUUAUGAGACGGCGCACUCCAGAAGAGAGAGAAUUGUUGCGGUCCAAGCGGAAACACAACCGGGAUCUGAUGCACUUAAACGCUGAGGAAAGAAAACUCGAAAAGCUACUGCAAUUAUACCAUGUGACAGAUCACUUUAUCGUCACCGAGGAGCAACUGAUCAAAAAUAUAGACGAAGCCUUCGCCAACGAGUCCUCCGAGGCCCUGAAAACAAAAUUGAGCGUUGGAGCUUUGAGACCCUCCGGUCGUAACGAAAAAGCUUUGGGUGAUGCGCUUUUCGGCUCAAUUGGCGGUGGAGGUCAUAUGGGUCUGCCUGUGGUCAAGGAUUUCUUGUCUGGAGAGUCCAAGGCGUAUGCUGAGGAAAUCGACACCAAAAACAAAGAACUACUCGAGAAGAGAAGACUCGACUUCGAAACUAUUUUGUAG